CAUUUAGGCAGAAAUGUCAGUAAAUAUUUGUCAAUUUCCGAAAAAAAAUAUUAUUUUUGUGAAAACAGUGAGUUGAGUAAGUGUUGGGGAAAAAGUGAGUGGCCGCAACUGAAGAGCGGACUACUGAAGCCAUACUAAAACACUAACCGCGCACGGAAAGCCUGAUGUUCUGAAAAUUAUCCAGUUUGGAAAGGAUUGGAAGCGGUUAAGACAUUCACAAGACCAUGACCAUCAUUUUUUUUUUGUAAAUCCCCCACACAACAUCUGUAGAGAAACUAUCCCAAUUUUGAAUCACCCGGUAUCUUAAGCAGAGAAGGGUUUUUUGCAAAAGUAGUUGAAUAAAUAAUGGGCAUUUCGGCUAAAACCCCAGAUUCAGCGUGUGCAUAGUAGGCCUGAAGCCAGAGUCUUGUCUCUGUGCCACAGCCUCCCACCAUUCGCAUUUUCAGUCUAUCUACGAUUCGCAUUUAAAUCAUUCACCUGGACCUUUAUGUACCCAUUUACAUAAAUAUUCCGUAGAAAUAAUUCUUGUCAUUAACUGACCUGGCAAUUUUUCUGCCAUAAAAAUAAUCUUGCUUUCGAUGCUUUGCUCUUUUCUAUUAGCAGCCCCCUAACCGUUUCUCUCUGAAGCACCCAACACCGUUUCCAGUUCAACCGGCUUUUAGUCAUAAAAACACAAUUAAACGUUUACAGAUUACCCAAUAUAAUACAUAAUCAAUUAAAUAAAAUUGGAAAAAUUCACCAAUCGGGCGUGGUUACAUAGUGAUCCUAACCUGUGCGCGUGAGUCGCUGACGUUUGCGCUUCAGAGUUUAUUAAUCUGUGGACGUUUGUAACAGUUUGUAAGGUUAAGUUUGGGAGCUUUGGCGUCUAGUCAAAAAAUUUCUUUGAAACCUUGCGAAAUGAUUUGCGAACAAUCGUAUUGUGAAUAAUCGACUAAGUUGGUGUAGUGCCAGUAGCAGCAUGGCUGUGGGUUCCACGAAAGUGAUCCAAGUGACCAACAUUGCGCCGCAGGCCACCAAGGACCAAAUGCAGGUGCUGUUCGGGUACCUGGGGAAGAUUGAGGAUAUUCGCCUCUACCCCACGGUUCGGGACGUGUCGAUACCGGUCCAAUCGCGCAUUUGUUACAUCAAGUUCACCGAUACCAUCACAGUGGGCAUUGCCCAGCACAUGACGAAUACGGUGUUUAUUGAUAGGGCGCUGAUAGUGAUCCCUGUGCAGAAUGGGGAUAUUCCCGACGAGUACUACGCUCUGGAAAUGACCAGGAAUGGAACGGUAGUGCCUGGCUUGAACGUCAACGAGCCCAAACUGCCUGCUCAUGUUAUCAAUUCGGUGCAUGGAUACGGCGCCGAGCAGGUCAUCCACACUACUGAUUCCACUUUGGAAACGAACGGCCUCCCCAACUAUCCUCCACUUCCGGCCAGCUACGACAGCGUCAAAGUGGAAGAAACGCGCCGCACCGUUCUGGUGCUGAACAUCGACAAAUCAGUGACAUCAGAUGAAUGGAUUCAGCACUUUGCUAGGGCGGGCGAAAUAAAGUACCUUCGCACCUGCUCAAGACCCGAUGAAACCUACCAUCUCCUGAUUGAGUUCACGGACCAAUCGAGCAUCAUCCAUGCCCUAAAAAUGGAUGGGACCGAGUUUAAGGGCAGCAUUCUGCGUAUUCAGCACGCCACUCAACCUAUUAACAAGCCUCAGGCGAAGAGCAAUGAGGCAGCUCAGAAAGAAAUCGAAGAAGCGAUGACCAGAUUUAAGGAGGCUCAGAACCUAAUCAACGCGUCAAUUGAGCCGGUGAUUGGGAUGCUGACCAAGGACAAGAAGAGCUCGAGAAGAAGUCGAUCCCGGUCGCGGUCCCGAGACCGAAAACGGCGCCGAUCCAGGUCCAGAUCCCGUCGGCGAUCCAGGUCACGCCGAAGACGAUCCCCGUCCCGGAAAAGGUCCAGAUCAAGAGAUCGGCGUCGCCGUUCCAAAUCCAGACGGCGCACCCGGUCACAGUCGCGUCGAAGGUCUGAAUCGAGGGUGAAACGGACUCGUUCCAGGUCACGUAAACGGUCAAGAUCCAGGGAGAAAAAACCGCGCCCCAGAUCCAGGGAGCGAUCCAAAGAGAGAAAGCGAUCCAAGGACAGGGAUCGUUCGAAGGACAGAAAAAGCCGAUCGGAUUCUAAGCUGAAAGACAAAAGCAUCGAUGCGAAGGAUCGCAAAAGCGAUAGCGUCGAUCGGAAGCGCUCCAAAUCCAGGAGCAUCAGUCGCAAGCGGUCGCGAUCCAGGGACAAAAAACGUGAAAAGCGUCGAUCCAGAUCCAGGGGCGGGAGAAGGCGGACGCCCAGUGUUCCGCGCAGCGUUAGAAAGAAGAGCCGAUCCAGAAGCAGAGAGCGGGACCGGGAUGCGAAGAAGAAGGAGCGGAAGGAGAAGAAACGUUCCAGGUCCAGGUCGAGAUCCAAGGACAAGAACUUGCGCAAAGCUGGCGGAAAAUCCAGGUCCAAAUCGCGCUCCAGAUCGCAAACCACCAAGGGAAGAAGCGGCCAGGAAAAAGGAGACAGUAGGCCCAUAGAACCUGUGGACGAAAGCGAAAAGGAUUCCGGGGAAAAGUCCGAUAAUAUGGAUAUAUCCAAUUCACCGUAAAGGCGUUUUGGCUAUUUAUUAUCUUGCUGAUUCAAAAAUGAACAUACGAUUUCAGCUAAUGUUUGCUAUACUGUACAUGUAUUGACCCAAUUAUUAAAAAUAGAAAACAUGCAUGUACACUUUCAA